GGUGCUAUGGAGGUGAAAAAGCUAAAGACAAAUUCCGCAGCUGUGGGAACACCACUAUCCUACCUCCUUCAGGAGGAGGUUCAGCUGAUUGAGACAACACUAGGUGGUGUACAGAUGGGGUCAAUGCUUCCAUAUCAGUUGAAAAACUACAAAUCUUUUCCGACCAUUGUACAUGGGGCUUGUGGAAAUACUACAUUUCCUCUAGACACUGAUGUGCCAUUAAUCAAUUCUAAAUUUCAACAACUCAAUGAACCUUUUAACAUGACACAAGAUGACGCCGAGAAGUUAGAAAGAUUAACCGUGGAUCAAUCUGGAAAUGCUUUGUGGUAUGAGGAGAGGAAGAAACAUGUGACUGCUUCCUAGUUUGCAAGAAUAUGUAAAAGGAAAAAAGAUAUAACCGACACUUUUGUUUCUAGCAUAUUUGAAAGUAAAAAUUUUACUACUGAGGCAACUUCCUACGGAAAAUGUAACGAAAACAUAGCUAAACAGAAAUAUAUGGAAAAAUUCCACAAUGUACAUAUUCAUGACUGUGGAUUAGUAGUAAAUCCAAGAUUUUCAUUUCUU